AAUUAUGAGCAGAGCAGCUAAGGACUUUGCUGAAGAUCCAUAUUCUUCAGUGAAAAGAGGAAACAUGGUUCGAGGUGCAAGAAAUCUCUUGUCAGCUGUCACACGACUACUGAUUUUAGCAGAUAUGGUAGAUGUUCACAGACUAUUGAAAUCUCUGAAGACGGUGGAGGGUGAUCUCGAUAAAGUAAAAAAUGCUUCAAGCCAGUCAGAGUUGAUGGAAAUGUUCCGAAGAUUUGGAAAGAAUACAAAUGAUCUGAUUCAGCAAGCAGCAAAGAGACAAGCUGAACUCAAGAAUCCUCAGUUACAGGAUGACCUUGCUGCAGCUCGAGCUGUGCUAAAGAAAAACAGCAUGAUGCUUUUAACAGCUUCUAAGGUAUAUGUAAGACAUCCAGAGCUUUCUGCAGCUAAAGAGAAUAGAGACUUCAUCUACAAACAGGUUUGUGAAGCUGUCAACACUAUUAGUGACAUUGCUCAAGGAAAGACUUCUGGCAGUGCUCUCGGUGAUCUUCCUUACAAAGGUGCAGGUGAACUAGCAGCAGCCUUGGAUGAUUUUGAUGAAAGAGUGAUAUUAGAUCCCUUGACUUACACUGAAGUUCGAACUCGACCAGCCUUAGAAGAGCGUCUGGAGAGCAUUAUCAGUGGAGCUGCUCUUAUGGCUGACUCGUCUUGUACUCGUGAUGACAGACGGGAAAGGAUUGUUGCAGAGUGCAAUGCUGUACGACAAGCGUUGCAGGACCUGCUUUCAGAAUAUAUGGCUAAUGCCGGAAGAAAAGAACCUUCUGAUGACUUAGACAAAGCCUUGGAGCAUAUGAACAUAAAAACAAGGGAUCUUCGGAGACAGCUGCGAAAGGCUGUAGUUGACCAUGUGUCCGAUUCCUUUCUGGAAACUAAUGUUCCUCUUCUUGUACUGAUUGAGGCAGCAAAGGCAGGCAAUGAGCGUGAAGUAGGAGAUUAUUCACAAGUGUUUACUGAGCAUGCCAACAAGCUGGUGGAGGUGGCUAAGCUGGCAUGCUCUAUGUCAAGUAAUGAAGAUGGUGUGAAGAUGGUCUGGUAUGCAGCUUCCCAGAUUGAGAGUUUGUGCCCUCAGGUUAUCAAUGCCGCUCAAAUACUUGCAGCCCGUCCACGUUCCAAGGUUGCUCAAGAAAACAUGGAGGCCUUUAAGGAAGCUUGGGAAAAUCAUGUUCGUAUUUUGACUGAGGCUGUUGAUGAUAUCACUACAAUAGAUGACUUCUUAGCUGUGUCAGAUAAUCACAUUCUGGAAGAUGUUAACAAGUGCGUGUUGGCACUACAGGAAGGAGAUCCUGACACUUUAGACCGAACUGCCGGAGCUAUCAGAGGACGAUCGGCUAGAGUCUGUAAUGUUGUAACUGCGGAGAUGGAUAACUACGAGCCCGGUAUUUAUACUGAACGAGUUUUGGAAGCUGUUGCUGUAUUGAGAGAUCAGGUCAUGCCCAAUUUUGCCCAGAGGGUUGAAAUAGCAGUAGAAGCUUUGAGUUCACAUUCAUCAAAAGAAGUUGAUGAAAACGAGUUUAUUGAUGCUUCACGUCUUGUUUACGAUGGAGUCAGAGAGAUACGAAGAGCUGUACUGAUGAACAGGACUCCUGAAGAAUUGGAUUCUGAAACAGAAAUAGAAUACGAGGAAAAUACCUAUGAUACAAGGAGCAAGUCGAGCGCACACACCGAUUUUGAUGAAUAUCCAGAAAUCAGUGGUAUUAGUAAUACUAGGGAUGCAUACCGCUACGUAUCUGAGGAGGAGAAGCAAAAAAUAGCAGCUCAGGUUGAAACAUUCCGUACAGAGAAAAGUAAGUUUGAUCGAGAAGUAGCCAAGUGGGAUGACACUGGAAAUGAUGUCAUUGUCUUAGCCAAAGAGAUGUGUGUCAUCAUGAUGGAGAUGACAGAUUUUACUCGAGGUAAAGGACCACUGAAAACAACCAUGGAUGUCAUCAAUGCAGCUAAAAGAAUCUCAGAAUUUGGAACAAAAAUGGACAAACUUGCACGGACUAUUGCAGAUCAGUGUCCUGAGUCUAACACCAAAAAGGAUUUGUUGGCUUACCUUCAACGGAUUGCCUUGUACUGUCACCAGUUAAACAUCACCAGCAAGGUCAAAGCUGAUGUACAGAACAUCUCCGGAAGUCUUAUUGUCUCUGGGUUGGAUAGUGCAACAUCUCUGAUUCAAGCAGCGAAGAAUCUCAUGAAUGCUGUAGUUCUUACUGUAAAAGCUUCAUAUGUAGCAUCUACCAAGUAUCCCAGAAGUGCAAGAGUUAGUUCCCCUAUUGUGGUGUGGAAGAUGAAAGCUCCUGAAAAAAAGCCACUGGUGCGGAGAGAGAAACCAGAGGAAGUCAGAGCAAAGGUGCGUAAAGGAUCACAGAAGAAACACAUAGCUCCUAUUAAAGCCCUCAGUGAAUUUCAUACUUCGGCUGAUUCUGUAUGAAGAGUUAGGAUUCUAGGCUAGAAAGAAAAAGGUGGAGGAGGCACACCAACAUCUACACCUAGUGUGGAACUUCCUAAAAGCUCUAUAAAAGCUUUAGUUUUUAUAUUUUGUGGAAUUCAUAGUAGCAGUUUAAAUCUUCUGACAUUUGUUAAUUGUUCUGUUUUUUAUCUUUAAUAUGGUUGACAUAUAGUAAUGUUUAAUUAUGUGUAUGGCUGCUAGUUUAUUUUGAAACUCAAAUAAAAUCUACGUGCGUCUUUGUUCAAAGCUUAAACUAAGACUUAAGUAAUUUUGUUAGAGACAAAAUUUAUAUUUUUUCUGUUAUUUUAUUUGUGAAUAUAUGUAUAUUUCAUAGCAGCAUUUGAAAUUUUAAGUGUAUUCGUACAAUAUUAUAGAAGGAUCACUCUCAAACAGAAAGUGCUUUGUUGUUAAAGUUAUUUUGAUGUAUCAAUGUCUUUGUUUAAGAGCAUCAAAAACUAUUUCAAAUGUUUAUGUAAUAAAAUUUGAGUGCCUGAUAAAUGAAAGGAAAUUAGGCAAAAAAAAAUUUUUCUAAACGUAAGCUUAAAUAAGUGUGAAUGUAACUGCCAAUAUUACAGCUAUCGUCUGUUACUUGGUUUCUACUCAUAUCUGUAUUAACAUAUCUACUCGUCUGUUGUCCGUUAGGUUUGUAGAAGUUACUUAUGUUCUAUGUGUUUGGUUAUAUAUACAAUCUUGAAACAAAGUAGCAGAUUUUCUACCUAACAUGAUGACGUUAUUAUUCAUUCUGUUAAAUGUUUUUAUUGUUUUACUUAAGUACUCUGAUUAGUAAAGCUAUAAAACAAAGUAUUUGAAUUUAAUUCUUCUUCUGGGUAAAUGUUUAGAAACAUAUAAGUGUCAGAAUUUCAGACCUUACAUGAUUUCUUAUUGAGUGUGCAGUAUUCAAGCAUUUUAAAACUUUUAUUCUUGGAGGGAGAGGUAUAUUUACCUGCUCACAGUCAAUAUACCCCCAUAUGCAUUUCCAAAAUCACUUUUUUUGUUUUUUGGUAAACACUGUGUCUUUAACUUGUUCUAUGCCAAGAUAGUAAUAUCUUUUUACCUUAUUAAGUUGCCAUCAUGGUCUUGAAAAAAAAUCAAAUAUACCUUUGUUGCAUUAGACUUGGGUAAUAUGUUCUUGAAUUCAGUUUGAUGUUCUCUGACUAGAAAACCAGAACACUCACAACAGUUCUAAAGAUGAUAAUAGUGUUAACGUAGUAGAUUACUUUCCUAAAUGAUACUUACACUUGUAAGAUAGAUAAUUAUACUUUAGUAUUUACAGAAACAAAAAUCUAGAUGAAAGUUAGCUGUUUAGGUUGUGGUCUUCUUCUCGAUUAGUAUUCUUGUUUAAAAUAGAUCAUCUUAACUCAAUACUUUACAAUCCCCUGGUGGAACAGCAGUAAAUCUAAGGAUUUACAGUGCUAAAGUUAGGGGAUUGGAUUAAUCUAGGUGAACAUAGCAGAUGGCCCAAGGUGGCUUUGCUGUAAAAAUGAACACACACCCAAUAGUUUACAGAAAAAGAUAAGUCUACAUCAAGCUGAGAUUUUAUUAGUUUCUUUCAGCCUAAGAAUAAAAUUUUUGUAAAGUAAUUUAGAAACUGGUGUAAGAACUUACAAAUAGUGUUUGUGUUCUGUAUAAUCUGUAUUUCUUUAUGAUAAAUAUUUACACAUUUGGUGUAUUAGUGUAAAAAUAUGAAUGUUUUGUAUGUUGUGGUGGUAGUCUUACUAUCAAGUAGUCAAAGUUGUAGAAUUGUGGUAAGGAAACUUGUUUUUGAAUGUGAAAAGUAUUUUAAAACCUUAUGAUUCAAAGUUAAGAGGUUUACCUUAACCUCCAAAGAAAGUAAAAAUUUGUGAUGAAAGAACUUGUAAUAGAUUCUAACUCCUUGGUAUCAAAUUUUGAACUAAAAAUUUCUUUAUGUAAGUGAUGACCCAGGUUCUUCUGUUAAAGAGUUAUCCAAGCACGUAACAAUAAUUUUUAAGUUUUACAUAUGAAAGAAAGCAUGAAAUUUUGAUUAUGUUGGAUGUCCUAUAUAAACACAUGUAUGUUGUCCAUUCAUCCAUCCAUUAUCAAGCAUGUUUUUUUCAAUUUUUUUUAAUGGUCUUUAUGGAGAAUUCAUGCAGAAGAGUGAACUAUUGUCUAUAACAAUUGAACUUGAGGACUAAAAGAUGAUACAGCUUUGAUUGAAAUUUCUCACCAAACAAAGUAAAGAACAGCCCCUCCUGCACUUUAAACAAAUACUAAUUUGGGGUAGGAAUUUUAGUUUUGUCUUUCUAAACGAAUUAAAGUAACUGCUUGAAAGUUCAAAGUGUGUAUUUUAAAGGACAGCUGUAACAAUUAGUGUUAAAACAGUGUGGAAUAAGUAUGCAGUGUUUUUAACAUAAAAUCUCAUGUAUUUAUUGAUUACACCUGGUGGGAAUUAUACUAACCUGUGUGGUAAGACUAAUGAUAUCCUAAAUUUUCUCUUGGUCAUCUUCUGAAAUUAAUUUAUUGUGAUGAUUUUACAAGUAUGGGUGACUUUUUGUGAUGUUUUUAAUAAAAACAAAAUGUUGCCUAAAUAAUAGUAUAAGUAUCUAAUUAGGAUUUUAUAUUUGAAAGUAUUGUAAUCUGAGCUUAUAACAAGGCUUAACAAAUAGUACUAUAUAUGUUGUAAAACCAGUCAAUGGAUUUUAUUUAAAUAUCGGGUUUCUUUGCAUCCUUUAAAUUUAAAUCACCAAUAUGCUUAUAAAUAACUUUUCAGUUGUUGAGCAUUAUGGAGAUUAGCAUUUUAAAAGUUAAAAUUUAUACAAUCUCAUGGUUUGUGGCCUUUGUUUGACCUAUUUCAUGAAUAUUUUUAGUUCUCAGAUAGCUGUGUUACAAGAGCAUUUAUGUUUAUAAACACUAGCAGGAGGGUCGACCAAUGUAAAAAAAGUGAAUUGUUUUGUGAUAUUUUUAAUAUAUUUUAAUGAGCUUAAAAUAAACAUAUUAUUGAAACCUCACUAAAAAUUUGGUAUUAAUUUAUCCAUUAUCAUUGUAAGUAAUGUUACUGGUGAUACAUGUUACAACAGCCAGCUAUAUCAAGUAUUGUAAGAAUUCUUUAUAAAACACAAAUCUGAUUUAAUGACUUUACACAGCUUGUGAGCAUUUAAACUCGAUAAUCAUUUCACGUAUUGGCAGUUUCAGAUCUGCCUACUGCUACGUAAAAUGCUCUCCAGCUACAGGCAUUUUGAAAUAGGUACAGCAACUAUGGGAUCAUAUGGUGUACCUUGUUCAAAGUAUUCACUUCAGGUGAAGUCCUCCUUGCACACAUGCCUGUAAGUUCUGUUGCUCUACUGAGCAUGCACAUACUUUCCAUGGUAAGCAAGGCACUAGCCAUAGCAAGUCAAGUCCAAGUUCUCAAGGGCUGCCUGCAAGUGAUCAUGACACAAAGGGAGUGGCGAGGACAGCUAACCAUGUACAUUGAUCUGUGUUGUAUUGGGGAAUACAUUCACACACCUCUCCUAAGAAAGAUGGUUUCUCUGCUACUGAUAAGUUCCCGUUCGCUACCAAAAAUCAACCAGUUGAUAGGUGAAUGCUACCAAGAGCAAACUUUACAGGUAGACAGGGCUGCAAUUUAUAUUAAUAGAAUCUGAAGAUACAAGAAAAUGGGUAAAACUGCCAAAAGAAGAGUUAUGGGGUCAACAUUUUAACCCAAAGAUCUGUAUGUGUAUCUAAAAUGGUCACGUGGCCCAUGCACUAAUGUUAACCAUUUCUUUGUAAGCUCUAAUAGAAAUAAAUUACACUAUUAAAUUUUGUGAAAAUUAGUUAUAAGAAACCUGAAGAAUUGAGGUUAUACUUUGUAAAUCAUUAAUAAAUAAAACUCGUGUUUACAGUGGCAA